AUGGCGGCGGCAGCGGAGAGACUUCAUCCCGCCAGCAACAUGGACUCCGAGAAGAAACUUGCCAUGAGUGGUGCCGAAGCCAGUGUCCUUAAAUCCGGACGUGUCGCAUCGGUUUCGGGAGUUGGAGCCAUUCCCGUCAAGAAUAAUGAAGCGGGACCCAUGGCGUCUCCCGCGCGUCAGAAUGCCAAUCCCGGUGCCGUCGCCAUUGCCGGCAUGGAUGCCAUGGUCAGUGAUGCCGAAGCCAGCAUUGCCUUUGGAUACGCACCCGGCGAUUUAGACCAUGAGCGAGCAGAACAAGGAGAACAACCGCCUAUAUUUGAUACGGUAGAGUCGGGAGAAGUCAUGGCGCAGGCCAUUACUAGAGACGAUCUAGAAGAAGAAGUACAACGACGGAUCAUUGCGGAAGCUGCCGUGGGAGAAGUCGUUUCUCCCGAAGAAAUGAGGAAUAAUAAGCACAAAGAAAAGACUCCACAGCAAGUAUUCAAGGAACGAGCUACCAUCUGUUUGAUUGUCACCAUUGCCACUGUCGUUUUCGUUUCCGUCAUGGUCGCUUUCGUAGGGUACCGAGACAAGCAAGAAGAACCCCAAGAUCCCGUCAAUCAAGCUCAACUCAAGUCAUUCCUCGAACAAGAAACUGUCAAGUUGUACGAUGAUAAUGCCACGGAUGUGCAACGCUUGGAAUUGUCCAUUGACGAUUCACCACAAGACAAGGCAUUCCAGUGGCUUACGACAUCGUUGGAAGCGUUUCCCGUAAACACUUCACAAGAAGAACAGCAAAUUCUAGAAACGUAUGCCUUGGUCACCUUGUUCCAUGCCACGGGUGGAAACAACACGUGGGAUAUUACCAAUCCCGAUCUGGGACUAAACUCAUGGAUGGUGGGCACCGAUGCCUGUCUCUGGUUGCCAGAGCCAAAAGAGGAUUGCAAUGACAAUGGAUUCGUACAACGCUUGACAUUGGCGGGAAUCAACAUGACCAAGAGUCUGCCACUUGAAAUGCUCUUCUUGACGACAUUACACCAACUCAACGUCGCACAGAACCGACUCUCGGGAAGUUUGCCAGCGGCCUUGCCACCGUCCCUGCAAUCCUUACUGCUCGAUGACAAUGACUUCCAAGGAGAAUUCCCCUCGGACAUGGUCCAAUUGACCAACUUGAGGGAGUUCACAAUCACACAGAAUGAUCUCCUUACAGAUGCUACUCUCCCACAUGACAUGCUCCCGGCAUGGAGUAACUUGCAGAUUCUACGGAUCGAUGACACUCCCAUUCGGGGAACCAUACCCACCACACUUGGAAACCUCACGGCCCUCCAAGAACUCUCUGCCAGUAGAGUCAGAUUGUCUGGUACCAUCCCGACAGAAAUUGGACUCUUGCAGAAUCUGGAAAUCCUCUACAUGCCACAAAGCAAUGCACUCGAUUCCAACUUGACAGGAAACUUGCCAGAGGAACUAUGGACCAUUACUACCUUGAAACAAAUUGAAAUGAACUACAUUGGGCUAUCAUUCACCAUUCCAGGAGAACACCUGCGGUCUCUGGGAUCCUCCUUGCAGCACAUCAACUUUGGAACCACCCGUCUCGCAGGGACUUUGCCAACCGAGUUGGGUUUGCUUACCAGCUUGGAAAUUAUGGAAUUGGAUAACAGUGCCAUUCUCGGCGGAACUAUUCCUUCCGAGAUUGGAUUGAUGAAGUCACUACGUGUCGUGGACAUGUCACGCGACCCCAACCUCCAAGGCUCUCUACCGACCGAAGUGGGCAAUCUCGCCAAUCUGGAAUCGUUUUGGCUAUUCUCAUCCGUGUCGCUCACGGGAAGUUUGGUCCCAUCCGAGUUGGGACGCUGCACCAAAUUGCAAUCCAUCAACAUGAAAGGGACUCAGCACUCGUCAGGGCCAAUCCCAACCGAAGUAGGAUUGCUCACCGAUCUUGUGGAUCUCGAACUGCUCCGAACCAACAUGACCGGUCCACUCCCAAGUGAACUAGGGCUCCUCAAGAAGUUUGAGAUUCUGACUCUGGGUGGAAAGGGCAUUACAGGAACGUUGCCAACAGAGCUUGGCCAGGCCAGUAGUUUCACAAAACUCCUCAUCGCUGGUACAAAUAUUGCCGGUACCUUUCCGACAGAGUACGGAAAUCUUGUCAACCUCGACAAGUUCGCAGUUGACAGGAACAUGAUCAGUGGGACUCUGCCUGUCACCUAUGCGGCGUGGAACAAACUUGAUUCGAUCUCUGUCAAUGACAACUUGCUCACUGGCACAUUUCCCAUGGUUUACAAAGAUUGGUACAAAGUCUCCCGAUUGAAUAUCCAAGGCAAUAACUUAACUGGCGAUAUUGGAAGAUACACUUGUGGUGGCUGGGCUGAGGAGUACACGUUGCAGGCAGAUUGCGAGGAGGUCGAAUGCACUCAUUGUUGUACUCAUUGUUGCGUGGGUAGCGUGUGUACAGCUCUCAAUCCUGAGGAGAAUCAGGAGUCAACUCCUGGAGCUGGACGCCCCACGGGGCCACAAUUUUUCCCACCCAUUCGCGGUUAA